AUGAAGCUGGCCGCUGCCGGAGCCCUUACGCUCUUUGCUCGUUCAGUCAUGGGCAAAGGCUGUCCAAACGGCCAGGUUGGUGUUGGCACCGCCAUGAGCUGUCUGAUCGUCAACAACAUGCAGACUCAGUGCUCCGCGACGCAGGGUGUCGUCUUUGGAGAAGGCAACUGCAAUCAAGCCGAUAUCGAGAACAUGUUCCAGAAAGACGGAUAUUGUCAGCCUAGGACUUUCUUCUAUGGCGCCAAGGUUUUCUGCGAAGACGAUGACAGGACCGUCACGUCUGUUGCAUACAAUCUAGCGAUUUGGGGGAAUUGCAAAGAGCAACAUGUCGAUUGUUCUGCUGGACCACUUGAGUACAUAUAUAUCGAUUACUGUUGCGAGAAGAUGUAG